AAUCAGUCUCAAGCGGUUUGUCGAUUGAGUUAGUUUAAACGUGUUAAAAGUGCUCGUUUCACCACCUUUCACGCGAUUCUGUUUUGAUUCUCUGCUCGCUCAUUUUGUGGCAUAAACCGAUUUAUACAUUAGAAAAAAAUUGCAGCAUUGCAAUUUUGCGCAUCAAUUGAUAUUAAUGGAAUAAAUGUAAAGGUGACUGAGAGAAGCGGAUUGUGUACAAGCGAAUUUAUCUACAAAGACAGAGAAAGGGAGUGAGCUGUUUUUACAAACAUUGCAGUAUCAACCGAUCAAAUUGAGAACAACAGAGACCGAAUGAUUACAGCAUGAACAAUUAUGCGAACAUUCUAGAGUUUCAAACAUGGGUUGUGUACCAGCGUGUUGCGAUUGACUGUGCUGGUUGCUUGUAAGCGCACGUUUCCUUUAGUUCCGAGUUUAGUUUAUGUCGUUUGAAUUGAUGCAAAUGCACAAGUUUCGUUUAUUAGAAGCCACAUUAUAAUUUUCGCUAUAAAAUCGAUCGCACGAGAUUUUAUCAUUUUGUUUUGGUUUUGAUUGGUCCCAAUGGUAGAAAAAGUCAUGACGGAAAAUGCGUUUAGAGCUCGAGACAUUGGGUUGCGGGCACAGAAGAAAAUCCUAUCUCGAAUGGCCACAAAGACCGUUGCAAAAACCUUUAUCGACGGAACCACAGCCUCAUUGCUCGAUAAUAUUUAUCGGUUGGCAAAGUUACAUAGUGGAAAUAAGAAGGAGGCGGAACGUUUGGUGAAAAAUAUCAUUAAGAUUGUAAUCAAGAUCGGAAUCCUUCACCGAAAUAACCAAUUCAGUGCCGAGGAAUUACGAGUUGUUGAACGGUUUCGCAGUAAAUUUCAGUGUACCCAGAUGGCUGUUAUCAGUUUCCAUGAAGUUGAUUUCAGUUUUGAUUUGCCGUAUUUGCAAAAGUCGUUGGAAGAAUCACGGGCAGCACUGAAAAGCAUCGUUGAACGGCAUUUAACCGAAAAAUCACUUGGACGUAUCGAUGAAGUAUUUGAUUUUUUUAACGAUCCCAAAUUGCUGGAGACUUGUUUCCGCGUCGAUUCCCCUUAUCAAGAAGUGGUUGCCGCUAUUGUAAAAGAUUUGAACAGCGCAAUGGACAACGGGGACAUAUAAUCUCCUACUCGCACUCACAGACUAUAUCACAAUAAGCAUCACUAUAUAUGUACACACACUGACUUGACACUCUUUUUUUCUCUUCUAUAUUAAGCUAUAUUUUUAUUUUGUUUUCUAAUUUAUAUUCAUUAUUUAUUAAGUGUUAUGAUUAAUAUUGUAUGAAGUCAGUCAGUAAUGAAAAGUGGGACGACGCAGGCUCUUAUUUUUUUUUGCAAAAUGAUAUUAACUAAUCUAGAUUAGAUAAAAUGGUUUCAGACGAAAAAAAGUGAGAAAAAUAAUAAUAAUAUAAUAAGAAACAUUUUCUCUGAAAUGUUUGAAAAUGGGUGCAACAUCAACAUAUCACGCCUUAUCAUCAAAUAAAUGAAAGAAAGAAUAUACUACAGACAAGAGUCAUACAAAAAAUUGAUGGUUUUGAACACAUUGGGUAGAGUUAAUCAUACAAUUGAUAGAUUAAAAAAAAUCAAAUGAUUUUGAUAUGGGUGCAUUAAAACCUUGGGGUUACCCACGAACUCGAUACUAGAAAAACUAGAACAUAUUAGAAAGAUGUCAAAUGUACAUGUCAUAUGGCGUUUUAUUAGAAAUAUUAGAAAAAAUUAGCACAUAUUAGAAUCCGUGGUUUCCCCCUCGAUUAAAACACCUUUCACAGUUUGAAUGAAAGAGGAUAAUUUUGCAUGAAAAAAAUAUAUAGCAGAUACGUCCAAAAUAGAAUUAAUUUUUGAAGAAAUAGAUUAGCUCGACCAUGUGUAUUGUGAAGGAAGUAUGAAACCCAGAUUAUCACAGAUAGCAUUUAUAUCAUGGUAUGAUGAUUCUAUUGAACCAAAAUUCUACAAUCUUAUAAAAAUUAAUGAAUUUAUGAGAAAAAUUGUGUUUAUUUGAAGAAAAAAAAAAACAAAUUAAUAACAACCAAACCGUCUAUGACACUAACAACUCAUCCACAUUGAAUGUCUAUUAUAUAUUGAAUGAAGAAAAAACAAAACAUCAAUUGAAUGUGUGAAUAUGUGUUCAAGUAUUCAUCUGAAAUAAAAACAAAAUAUUGAUAUACAACCAACCAAAUUAAACAGAGUCUAUUAUCACAUUUAAAGUAUACUCAAAUGUUUAUAAAGUGAUUCAAACUGGUCAACAUGGUAUAUAUAUUUUUAUCUUAUUUUAUUAUAAUAAAUAUAUACUCCAUGGAAAAUUGAUUUUAGUAAUAUUAAGGAACUACCACUAAAUAAUGGUGUAUACAUUAUACAAUUUGUCUAUUUUAGUAAUGUCAAAUAAAACUGAGCAAAAAACCGACCAA